AUGCCAGUUGCGCAGAAGUUUGCUCCUUUAAACAAUGGGUUUCGUGUACCUGUAGUCGGUUUUGACGCAUCAAAACUUCAGGUGUUUGAACUCGAAAAGACUUUACUUUGUGCUAUUGACUCCGGCUAUCGGCAUUUUCACUGUGCUUCUGAUACCGAAAAUCAGAGGGCUGUCAGAAGUGUUUUAGAAAUGAAGCUUUCUUCUACAACAUUGAAAAGGGCUGACUUUUUCAUAUCAUUAAAAACUCCAAUUACCCUAAAGGAAACACAAAAUGUCAGGAACUGCCUUGAAGAAGCACUGUCAAGUCUAAAUUUGUCCUAUUUAGACCUCUACUUACUACACAAUCCGUUUACCUUUACGGCUAUUGAAAACCAUCGGAUACCGCCGAAAACCAUCGAGCAGAUGUGGCGCGCAAUGGAGCAGCUAGUUGAUGCGGGUCUUGUUAAGUCAAUUGGCUUGUCGAAUUUCAGCAAGGAUCAAAUCGACCGCUUGACCAAGUUUUGCAACAUCAAACCUGUAUUACUUCACGUUGAAGCUGCCAUUAUUACACUUAAUCAGGAGCUUAUGGAAUAUGCUCACUCCUUCGGAAUACAGGUCAUGAUACACGACAUUCCCUCAUCCCCUUCAACGCUAAAUUUUGAAAUGUUUUACAGAGAAUGUUUGGAUUCUCUUCUGUCAAAGAUUUUUACGACUUCAUUUAACUAA